GGCAAGGGGGCCGGCCCCACGACUUCCGGCGCCGGCCGUGAGGAGUCUCAGCAGCAGUGGUGUCCAGUCGCUAGGAUGGCGGUGGGCUAUGCGGUCUUAGUCCCGAGGGAAAACGGCCGUCAGACGCUUCCACCGUCCCCCGGACUUUCUCCCCUGUCGCGGGGAGCGGGGGAACUCGGACCGUCGGUUCUGUCUACGUUUUCCGCUCCCCCUAGUCACAGAGACGUGGGGCGCCACCGUCCUAGCCCCGCCGCCCUGUCCGCGAGCGUCUGCUAGAGCGUCUCCUCGCCGUUUCCAGCAGCCCGGCGCGGGAAGGAAGGGGGCGCUGCGACACCGCGCUGAGGCAGCUCGCAAGUUUGGGUGGCUCGUCGCGCCGGAAGUGUGUCGGCGACCGGGGCCGGAAGUUGGGGGCGGGGCCAGGAAGUGAGGAGGGGCGGGGGUUUAUGAGCAGGCCAAGGGAUCGUUGGGGGCGGAUUCGCACUCAGGGCCUUGAGAGGAGCUGGGUGCUAACGGCCGGCGCUGCCCCCUCCGUUUGCGGAGGCCCGGUCGUCCUCGGGGAGCGGGCGGCUCGGAAAGGGUGGGUGGCCGGCGGGACACAGCUGGCUGCGCUUGCGGCAAGGUGUGGAGUGGCAGGGCUGGGGGUGGGGCCGGGUCGUUGGGGCGCCUGAGAGGGAAGCCCCCCGCCCCCGCCCCCCCCCAACGCCCAGCUAGACUGGCUCACCGGACACUAAGAUGGCUGCCGUUGCCAUGGCACCCAACCCCGUGCAGACCCUUCAGGAGGAGGCGGUGUGCGCCAUCUGCCUCGACUACUUCACGGACCCCGUGUCCAUCGGCUGCGGGCACAACUUCUGCCGGGUGUGUGUGACCCAGCUGUGGGGCGGUGAGGACGAGGAGGACCGGGAAGAGCUAGACCGUGAGGAAGAGGAGGAGGAAGGAGAAGAGGAGGAAGUGGAGGCGGUGGGCGCCGGCGGAGGCUGGGAGACCCCCAUGCGGGAUGAAGACUACGAGGGCGACAUGGAGGAGGAGGCGGAGGAGGAAGAGGAGGGUGUGUUCUGGACUAGCGGCAUGGGAAGCUCCACCUGGGAUAACAUGGACUACGUGUGGGAGGAGGAGGACGAGGAGGAAGACCUGGACUACUACUUGGGGGACAUGGAAGAAGACAUGAGGCCCGAGGAGGAGGAGGAGGACGAGGAGGAGGUGUUGGAGGAGGAGGAGGAAGAGGAGGAGGAGGAGGAGUUGGAUCCAGUCACCCCGCUGCCCCCACCUCCCGCCCCGCGCAGGUGCUUCACCUGCCCCCAGUGCCGCAAGAGCUUCCCCAGGCGGAGCUUCCGCCCCAACCUGCAGCUCGCCAACAUGGUGCAGGUGAUUCGCCAGAUGCACCCGACCCCUGGCCGGGGAAGCCGUGCGAAUGAGCAGGGCAUUUGCCCCAAACACCAAGAAGCCCUGAAGCUCUUCUGCGAGGUGGAUGAAGAGGCCAUCUGUGUCGUGUGUCGAGAGUCCAGGAGCCACAAACAGCACAGCGUGGUGCCCUUGGAGGAGGUGGUGCAGGAAUACAAGGCCAAACUGCAGGGGCACGUGGAACCUCUAAAGAAGCACCUGGAGGUUAUACAGAAGAUAAAGGCCAAGGAGGAGAGGCGGGUGACAGAGCUAAAGAACCAGAUGAAGUCAGAACUGGCAGCUGUGGCCUCAGAGUUCGGGCGGCUGACACGGUUUCUUGCUGAAGAGCAGGCGGGGCUGGAGAGGCGCCUUCGAGAGAUACACGAAGUCCAGUUGGGUCGAGCGGGAGCCGCAGCCAGCCGCCUGGCCGAGCAGGCUGCCCAGCUGAGCCGCCUGUUGGCUGAGGCCCAGGAGCGGAGCCAGCAGGGGGGCCUGCGGCUGCUCCAGGACAUCAAGGAGACUUUCAAUAGGUGUGAAGAAAUACAGCUGCAGCCCCCAGAAGUCUGGUCCCCUGACCCGUGUCAACCCCAUAGCCAUGACUUCCUGACAGAUGCCAUCGUGAGGAAAAUGAGCCGGAUGUUCUGUCAGGCUGCCAGAGUGGACCUGACGCUGGACCCUGACACGGCUCACCCGGCCCUGCUGCUGUCCCCUGAUCGGCGGGGGGUCCGCCUGGCAGAGCGUCGGCAGGAGGUUGCUGACCAUCCCAAACGCUUCUCGGCCGACUGCUGUGUACUGGGGGCCCAGGGCUUCCGCUCUGGCCGGCACUACUGGGAGGUAGAGGUGGGUGGACGGCGGGGCUGGGCGGUGGGUGCUGCCCGUGAAUCCACCCAUAAGGAGAAGGUGGGCCCUGGGGGAGUUGCUGUGGGCAGCGGGGAUGCCAGCUCCUCACGCCAUCAUCAUCGUCGCCGCCGGCUACACCUGCCCCAGCAACCCCUGCUUCAGCGUGAAGUCUGGUGCGUGGGCACUAAUGGCAAACGGUACCAGGCACAGAGCUCAACGGAGCAGACACUGCUGAGCCCGAGCGAGAAACCUCGGCGCUUUGGCGUCUAUUUGGACUACGAGGCCGGCCGCCUGGGUUUCUACAACGCCGAGACUCUGGCUCACGUGCACACUUUUUCCGCUGCCUUCCUUGGCGAGCGUGUCUUCCCUUUCUUCCGGGUGCUUUCUAAGGGCACCCGGAUCAAGCUUUGCCCUUGAUUAGCCUACCACCCGCAGGGGCCCCUCUAGUCAGCACUUGGGGGGUGGGUGGUAGUGGAGGGUGGCCCGUUAAGUUUGGGGGCUGAACAGCUCCUGUUUGUAACUGCAUUGCUUCCUGCUCCCUCGAUCCAAGCACUUGCUUCUCCCUCUAGGAGUCUAAAGAACCCUUCUAGCCUCCAGCUCAGCCCUCUCACCUCCUAUGUCCAUCAGGUCUGCAUGGAGCCCCAAGAACAGCUGCCUGCUCUUCCCUUCCUUGUCCAUCCAGGGACCUGAGUAAGGGAUGAGGGGAGGUAUUUUCUGUUUUUUUCCUAAGCCUUGCUCUCUAACCUUCUAGCUACUGCUGGGAGAUCUGGGUAGAGUCCAUGACGACUCCCAUUCCAGCUGUUUUCUGGUGCAAAACUCAACUAGUUAAGAGACCUGGAAACAUUUUUGGGGAAAGCAGGCUGGGCUAAUAAUUAAAUGUCUACUCUGGGAGAAGGAGGCAUUCUAAACUUUCCUUCCAUCCCUAAUUUCUACCUCCAUAGACCACCCAGAAUUUAGCUUCUGAUGUCUGGAAUGGGUCACCAUCACAGUACCACUGUUCUCACCCAAUAAAUUAUUCCCCCCCCCAUCUUUCUUUCCAGCACUCAAUCUGGGAGCAAAGCUUAUCCCACCCUCUACCCUGUUCAGUGGAGCUCCUUUUGUCAGUUAACUGCCUCCAUGUUGUUUGUUCUUUAUUUGGUGUGCCCUCACACAGGGAGCUUGGAACAGAGGUGCAUAUUCCUGGGAGGACAGCCUUGGGUAUAAUCUAUUUUUCUAAUAACUUCUUGCCUUCUGUCACUUAAUGGCUUUUUACCCUCUGCUUUGGUGGCUGAGGUUGACUUCAUGUUCCUGGGGGAAAAAGGGGCUGUGUUGUGGAAAUAAAGUUUAUUUGCUUCUU